AUGGAACUGAUGGAGGAUGUGGUGAUAGUUGGAGCAGGAAUUGCAGGCUUGGCAACAGCAGUGGCCUUGAACAGAGUAGGGGUUCGAGCUUUGGUAUUGGAGAAAUCAAAAGGGUUAAGGUCCACAGGUACAGCGUUGACCCUAUCUCCAAAUGCUUGGCUUGCCCUUGAUGCUCUUGGCGUUUCUCACAAGCAUAUCCCCCUUUAUACUCCUUCAAUCAAGGGAUAUGUAACCAAUGUUAGUACCGGAGAAGUUCAAGAAGUCCUCUACCCUCGACAAGGAAUUAGGACACUUCACCGUAAAGUGUUGUUAGAGGCACUGGCAGAGGAAUUGGAAGAUGGGACUACCAUCAAAUCUAAGGUUCUGAUGGGCUGCGAUGGGGUGCACUCGGUAGUGGCACGAUGGCUAGGACUGACAGAACUGGUCCAUUCAGGUCGAUCAGCGGUGCGGGGUUUAGCAGUUUUUCCUCAGGGCCAUGGAUUUAAACAAGUUCGUUUUUUCUUGGAUGAGAGCAAUAAGGCUGGUUUUGCCCCUCUGAAUGAUAGGGAACUUUCCUGGUUUUUUGUCAGCCAAGGGGAAAAGGUGACAGGAGAGGCUGAGAAAAUGCAAAGGGAUGUGCUUGAGAAAUGUACAGAAAAAUUUCCCUCAGAAUACCUAGACGUGGUCCGGCAUGCCGAUCUUUCCUCAUUAUCAUGGGCACCAUUGAUGUUUAGGCCUCCAUGGGGGAUCAUAUUUGGAAAGCUAAGCAAAGGAAAUGUGACAGUAGCUGGUGAUGCUAUGCACCCCAUGACUCCUGAUCUAGGAAACGGUGGUGGUGCAUCACUAGAAGAUGCUGUGGUAUUGGGCAGACACAUUGGCAAUUCAAUUAUAAACAAUGGAGGACUGAUUGUUCCAGGAGACAUGGCUAAAACCAUGGAUGAUUAUGUGAAGGAAAGGAGGUGGCGUGCCGCUAUGCUUGUCACAGCAUCGUAUUUAUCAGGACGGAUGCAGCAAGGAGAUAAAUGGUGGAUAAAUUUUCUCAGGGACAGAGCACUUUACAAGUAUUUUUUCGGCUGGCUUUCUAGACUGGUAUUUGUUUAUGACUGCGGAAGACUUCCUGCUAUUUCCUUUGGUGCAAUGGAUCUGUCCAGUAAGAAGGACUAA